AUGCUGGCAUACAUUAAGCACAUCGGGCGCACGCCGACUGCCACGCUCCAAAGGUCAGACACGAAGGACCAUCGACACCAAGAGCAGUCAGUCAAGUCGUUUGUUAGUCAAGUGGCCGUGGGGUUCCUUCUCGUUCUAAUCUGGAUCUCUAACUGUGGUGAGGCGGGCCCCAGUGCUCUGGAUCCUGUGCCGGGCCCUGGAGGUGGUGGUCCGGGUUUUAAUCCCAAAGCCUUCGACAACAAAAAGAGCGGAGAAGAUGAUGUGGGCAGAUUAAGAGGUGAUCUGCAGAUUGUGCUGCUCCGACACAUGACCUAA